UUGCCAAGAUUUCUACCGUGUUUGGUAGAACUCAAAGAAAGAAAAGAGUUGAGGUCAAUGUCGAUAGUGAACAUGUCGCUGAAAUCAAAAGAUUAAAAGCUGAAAUUGAAAGGCUAAAAGCAGAAAAAAAAUGCACAAACAGAAGAGCUUCAAGCCUUAGACAAUGAAUAUAGAAAUGAACAGCGACAUGAAGACCAAGAACCGACCGACAUCUAUGAAGAACAAGAACAACCCUUGGCAAAUGAAGACCAAGAACCGACCGACAUCUAUGAAGAACAAGAACAACCCUUGGAAAAUGAAGACCAAGAACCGAGUGGCAACUAUGAACACCAAGAACCGAGUGGCAACUAUGAACACCAAGAACCAAUGGACUAUGAGGAUGUAAGUCAAAGUGUAAAAUUAUGUUCGGAUAACAUUGACAAUGUUGUGGCUGAGGGUGUCAUAAUUGAGGCAGUUGGUUACUUUUCAUAUCAUGGUGACAUAAUUACAAAUGAUUAUGCACGGGUUCAAAUCACACAAGUUAUUCAAGGGGAAGCUGAAAUCCCAUAUCCAAGAGGUGCAAUACGCUAUGUUUGUGAUGCAUGUAACAAAUUGGUUCCUUGGCCUAGGGAAUUGAUUUUGACUGAAGAGGGUUCUCUAAUUAAGAAGCUUCAUAGUUCAAACAACUCGAAGGGGAAAGAGAAAUGUAAAGGAAAAGAGAAGAUAGUGGAACAUCUUGAUUCCACUAAAUCUUAUGAGAAAUUCAUUGCAGAGGUACUUGACAAGACUCAUAUUUCUCUUCAGGCCAUGUUCUUGGAAUAUAUGAGAGUAAAAGGUAAAAAUGAGUUUGUGAGGGUUCCUGUUAACCCAUCCUUAUUCUACCGAGUUCACAUCUACAUAACUUCCGAAGAUGUCAUACAAGUGGCCACCCAAGAUGAACUUACGGGUUCAGCUAUGCUAUUUGGACUAAGAUGCAUUUGGGAAAAUUUAAAUCAAAGACAAAAAGAGUUAUACAAGUUUUAUGAUGUCGAGCUUCUUAGUUAUAACAAUGAGCAGGACAAGGUGAUAGCCAUCAAUCAAUUAUCAAUUUGGUUAAACACUAUGACUCAUGUAGGACAAUACUAUUUUAUACCAUGGAACAUAGGGUAAGAAUCACACAUCUCUUUCACUUUUCCUAUGAUAUUUAUUUUUAUAUUAAUAUAACAUUGUUACUUUUUUCAGCAAGCAUUGGAUGUUGAUUAUAGCAAUGACAUCGGGAAGAGUUGUAUUCUUAAACCCGCUUAAA